ACCGAUAUUUGUAUAACAAAAGAACUCUCCCUCGACGCAUUUUAUUACAGAUAGUGUUGGUGGCAUAUAUAAUCGGACAUUUGAUGGGGUGUUGGGGCGUGGUUGUCGAGGCUGAAAGGCACUAGAUUGUGGACAUGACCAGCAAGAUUUUCGGUUUUCUCAUGGUGGCGAAAUUGAGGCUCUGCAAUGCAGCUCAAGCUUCUCUCGUCCACACCUCGCUCGACAUCGAACCCGAUCCGGUUGCCGGUGAAAAUGCCUAAGGAGAGGCCCUGAACAAGAGAUAACCGUGCCGCCUUUUUUUGAUGAGCGUGGCCAAAGAUGCGGGUGGUCUCUCUCCCGCCCUGAUCGAGACGAUGGCGGGCCUCUCGGCUGGCACUGUCGCCACGCUCGUCGUGCACCCGCUCGACAUUGUGAAGACGCGCAUGCAGAUCCACCGAAGCAGCAUCGCCACCGCGGCAGCGGCAGCGGCAGCAGGCUCGCCACGGCCGGCGACCCCGCGGCUCACCACCGUGGCGCUGCUGCGGUCGCUGGUGCGGGCACAGAGCCCCGUCGCGGCGCUGUACCGCGGCCUGACGCCGAACCUGGUCGGCAACGCGGCCAGCUGGGCGUCCUUCUUCUUCCUCAAGAGCCGGUGCGAGCGCGCCGUGGUGCUGCUCAAGGGUCGUGACGAUCAAGAGCAGCAGCAGCAACAGCAGCAGCAGCUGACGCCGGCCGACUACUUUGCCAGCUCGGCGCUGGCGGGCGCGGGCGUGCAGGUGCUGACGAACCCGGUCUGGGUGCUCAAGACGCGCAUGCUGUCGUCGGACCGCGGCAGCGCCGGCGCCUACCCCAGCAUGCGCGAGGGCGCCGCCCGCAUCUGGCGCGGCGAGGGCGCGGCGGGCUUCUACCGCGGGCUGGGCAUCAGCCUGCUCGGCGUCAGCCACGGCGCCGUGCAGUUUGCCGUCUACGAGCCCGCCAAGCGCGUCUACCUAGACCGGAGGCGGAGGCGGCCGCCGGGCGGUCGCCGAGACUACGACGACGACGACGACGACGCGGCGGCAACAGCCAUCAGCAACGAGGCCACGGUCGUCAUCUCGACGGCGGCCAAGUUGACGGCCGGCGCGGCCACGUACCCGUACCAGGUCCUACGCAGCCGGCUGCAGAACUACGACGCCGAGGCCCGUUUCGGCCGCGGCAUCACCGGAGUCGCCCGCCGCCUGUGGCGCGAGGAGGGCCUCGGCGGCUUCUACCGCGGUCUGGUCCCGGGCGUCGUCCGGGUCCUGCCCGCCACCUGGGUCACCUUUCUGGUCUACGAGAAUGUAAAGUACUACCUCCCCCUAUGGGCCGCGCCCGGCCAAGGUUGAUAAGGGGGGUAGGGGGUUGCGAGCUGCCGUGGUGGGUGGCGCAAGAAACGGGGUUUUUUUUUUGGUGGUUGCCAAGAUGGAGUUUACUUGUUUGGGGAGGUACUGCGAGAUUAUACAUGUUGUGCGAGAAGGAGAGAAAGAGAGAAGCAUCAUCCCCCUUCCUUUUCUCCCAAUACGGUCGGCCGCGGCCGGCAACAUGCCAUGGCGUGCAGUGCGCGGUUCUGGUGCCUUUG